GCGCAUCGCAUCAGCGUCACCAAUACCACGCGAGCCGUCCCCCCCUCCUUGUCCAUCCCCGGCCGGCACGACGAACCGCCUGAGGAGGGAGCAAUAGCUCGGGGCUCUCGCUCUUGGCUGCGUGUCUGAAGCUGUUGAUGCGAGUGAAGGCUCGGUUUCCAUGGCUCUCAUGGCGGCGGGGAUGGACGACCACGACGAGUACGCCAAGCUCGUCAGGAGGAUGAACCCGCCCAGGGUUGUGAUCGACAACGAGGCCUCCGACGACGCCACCGUGAUUAAGGUAGACAGCGUCAACAGCCACGGCACGCUGCUCGCCGUCGUCCAGGUCAUCGCCGACCUCAACCUCGUCAUCCGGAAGGCAUACUUCUCCUCCGAUGGAAACUGGUUCAUGGAUGCGUUCAAUGUCACCGACCGUGACGGCAACAAGGUUCUGGACGCCUCAACCAUCUCCUACAUCCAGAAGACGCUGGAGGUGGACGACUGGUACUACCCGGGGGCGCACAACACGGUGGGCAUCGUGCCGUCGGGGGACUACACCUCCAUCGAGCUCACGGGCACGGACCGCCCGGGCCUGCUCUCCGAGGUGUGCGCGGUGCUCGCGGCCAUGGGCUACGCGGUCCAGAGCGCGGAGCUGUGGACGCACAACACGCGCGUGGCCGCCGUUGUGCACGUCACGGACGCCGAGACUGGCGGCGCCAUCGAGGACUCCGCCCGCAUCGCCGACAUCAGCGCGCGCUUGGGCAACCUGCUGCGCGAGCACAGCGACGUGCGCGCUGGCGGCGGCGCGGGCAGCCUGGCACUCCACAAGGAGCGGCGGCUGCACCAGAUGAUGUUCGACGAUCGGGGAGUGGAAGGCCACGCCGCGGCCGCGCCGCCCGACGGCUCGCUGCGGACGGAGGUGUCCGUGACGCAUGCCGAGCGCGGGUACACCGCCGUUGUGGUCCGGUGCCGGGACCGGCCCAAGCUGCUGUUCGACACCGUGUGCACCAUCACGGACAUGGAGUACGUGGUGCACCACGGCACCGUGAGCGCGGAGCCCGGCGGCGGCGCGUACCAGGAGUACUACAUCCGCCACGUCGACGGCCACGCCAUCCGGUGCGAGGACGAGCAGCAGCGCCUCGUGCGGUGCCUGGCUGCCGCCAUCGAGCGACGCACCGCCGACGGACUUGAGCUGGAGGUGCGGACGGGAGACCGCGCGGGCCUGCUCUCGGACAUCACCCGCAUCUUCCGGGAGAACGGGCUCACCAUUCGCCGCGCCGAGAUCUCGUCCUCCGACGGCGAGGCCGUGGACACGUUCUACCUAUCCGACCCGCAAGGCCUCCCCGUGGAGACCAAGACCAUCGAGGCCAUCCGUGCACAAAUCGGCGAGGCCACGCUGAGGGUGAGGAACAACCCGUUCGGUACCGGGGACGACGCCGACAUGGCCGGCGCUGGCACAACGGCGUUCAUCUUCGGGAACCUGUUUAAGUUCUACAGGCCGUUCCAGAGCUUCAGCCUCAUCAAACUCUACUCGUGAUGCGCACUUGGGUAGCAAUUUUUUCACAUGUUUUAGAUAGUUUUUACUGUGGUUAGCUGUUCUGCUCUGGAGAUUUUCCAAUAGUGUGUAAAUAUGGCUAUGGAUGAUGAUGGCGAUAUAUACGGAUACAGUCCAGUGUAAGUAUAAGUAUAUAGUUAGGCAAGGUUAUGUAGCUGCAUUGCAUGGUUAGGAA